AUGGCAGUAAACUCCGCUGUAGAUAUCAAUGGAAAUGAUUUUCUAAGCUUUAUAAACAAACCUGAUUUACUAACCAGGAUCAUUAAGGAAUAUUACGCAUUAGUCCCCAAGCACAAAGAAGAGGGAAACAGUGCGUCAGCUCAGAAUGAGAAUAAGUGUAAAAAGGAACUAGGUAUGCAUCUUACGCGCUAUCUUAACCGUCGCAUCAAGCUCAGGAAUGAUGGGAGAGUCCUUGACGCAAGUUUCGUCGAUGGUUAUGAUUUCGAGCGGAAGUACAUUUGCAUUAAACGUUUGCAAGAAGAUGCCUGUGACAAAUUUUGGCAAGCGGUGUCGAAUUACAAAGUGCAAAUUAUAGUGUUGAUCAGUCGAUUAAGUGAUAAGAAGUGUUACCAAUACUGGUCCUCAAAGGAGGGCUGUGUGAAAGUUAGUGAUAAGUUCAGAAUUAAGACCCUGAAAAUUAUUAUCAAGCCACAUUUUAAUUUAACUUUGUUAAGUCUGACCGACAAGUUUGGCCAGGAGCAAAAAAUAUCGCAUUAUCAAUACACCGCUUGGCCGGGGGAUAACUUUUCUCACAAGCCGGAUGCAUUCAUAGAUUUUUAUUGCAAUGUCAAAGACAUGUGCCUUCAGUUAGAGAGACAAACGGCUGAUAAGAAAAUCGCUCCUAUAAUUGUUCAAUGUCUCGACGGGAUUGGUAGCUCUGCGGUGUUUUGCGUAUUUGAUAUAUGUGCCACGCAAUUUGACAAAACUGGAACCCUGUCACUGCCCAGUGUUCUUAAAAAAGUUCGCCAGCAAAAAUACGGAUUUAUGAAUUGUUUAGAUGACUAUGUCUUGUGUUACCAAUUACUUGCAGUCUAUGUUAAGGAAAAGUUGUUCAUGUUGCCUUUUAUCUAA